AUGGCGCCAACCAUCCGCCCAACCCUGAGUCGCAAAGAUUCCAACGCCUCCGAAGACGACUUCUUCGACAUUCCCGACGAGCCGCUCCUCGCCAUCCUAAAGCGCCAACUCCGCCACGUCCGCACCUGGGUCGUCUUCGCCCUCAUCCUCCUCUACCUCUUCUGGCCCAAGUCCGAUCCCCCGCCUUACCAGGUCACGCCCCGCCAAUCGCACGUCGACUACAACAUCGUCGACUGGUCCCGGUAUGGCUACACGGUGUACGCGACGUCUAGCGCCUAUAUCUGCAAUGCGCUGAUGGUGUUCGAGGCGCUGGAUCGGCUGGGGAGUCGGGCGCGGCGCGUGCUGUUCUAUCCGGAGCAGUGGGAUGUCUUCAUGGAGACUGAUCGCGGCAGGGACGAGUCGUUGUUGGAGACGGCGGCUGAGAGGUACGGGGUGCAGUUGGUGCCUGUUGAUGCGUCAAUGAUGCGUGCGGCUGGAGGAUCCGACGAACCAUGGGACAAAAGCAUCACGAAGCUUCUCGCCUUCGGCGAAACCGAAUUCGACCGCGUCAUCCACAUCGACACCGACGCAACCGUCCUCAACAACAUGGACGAGCUCUUCUUCCUCCCCUCCGCGAAAGUAGCAAUGCCACGCGCGUACUGGGCCCUCCCAGACACCAAACAGCUCUCCGCGCUCGUCGUCGUCAUCGAGCCCUCCUACCGCGAAUACACUGCGCUAGUGGACAACGCGGGCGCAGCCAUCUACGGCCAAGUCGGCGUCAGCGAAACCACCCAGUACGACGUGACUCUUCUCAACGACCGGUACGCGGACUCGGCGCUGGUGCUGCCGCACCGGCAGUACGGGCUCGUGACGAGCGAGUUCCGCCGCGACGACCACCGGAACUUCCUGGGCAACGAGUAUGAGGAUUGGGAUCCGGAGCGGGUGCUCGCUGAGGCGAAGAUCGUGCACUUUUCGGAUGCGCCGCUGCCGAAGCCGUGGAUCAUGUGGCCGCAGAAAUUGCUGGUCGAGAUGCUGCCGAAGUGUAAGAUCAGUCCUGGGACGGCGCAGGAGAGUGGCUGUCAGGAUCGGCAGGUGUGGAGGGAUUUGUAUAAUAACUUUCGUCGUCGUCGGAGGGACGUCUGCCGUCUCCUCAGCUACCCAGCCCCGGAAUGGCCUCCCAAAGGUAACAACCAAGACGCGGAGAAACAGCCCAUCCCCGAAGACGAGGAGCAGUUCUAG